AUGGACGAGUUCACGGCAGAGUAUUUGGCCAGGGAACAACAUGACGAGGCACAACGUGAAAAAGAGCAAGCUCGCCCAAUGGUCGAUAACGAGUCGACGACACCAACACCGAAAGCUGGGUUGAGAAACGGGUUUGCUGCUUUUCGCGAGAAGGCCAGCGUCCAGGAUCGCUUGGUGGAGAAACUAUUGCAGCAAGUCAUCCCGACCGACGAUGAGGGCAGCGAUGUGCCCAUCAUUGCGGACGACAAGGCGCCUGCCUUUGCGCAGCGACCGAAUUUCAACAUCACAACCAUGUCGAACAACUUCCGUCGAUUCAACGCACGAAUAGGGGUGGUAUUCAAGUUCCAGUCAAAAGCUCUGCGCAUCCUCUCGUGGCAUCAGCCCUCGCAGACCAUGUCGUUGCUUGCCGUCUAUACGUUCAUCUGCCUCGAUCCGUAUCUGCUCUCCGUCUUGCCGAUCGCCAUACUCGUGGUUGGCGUACUCAUCCCAGCUUUCCUGGCGAGGCACCCGGCUCCUCCAAAAGGGACACUGUCUAGCGAACAAGGCGUAGGAUACUCCCCGCGAGGGCCACCGUUGGCGCCGGCGGCUACUGUGCGCCCGGUCAAGGAACUCAGCAAAGAUUUUUUCCGCAACAUGAGAGACCUACAAAAUUGCAUGGAUGAUUUCAGCAACGCACACGAUCAAGUAGUGUCGUUGGUUGUUCCAAUCACGAACUUCAGUAACGAGGCUCGCUCAUCGGCUGUUUUCUUGUUUCUUGCCGUCGGUGGCGUCUUUAUGACUAUCACAGCACAUCUCCUGCCUUGGCGGUUCAUCGCGCUGAUGGCUGGCUGGGCAGGCAUUGGCAUGGGGCAUCCGACCAUCGCUCGCCUGCUGGUGACGACCCACGAGGAGCACAUACAACCUCGUGAGGUCCAGGCCAAGACGUGGCUCGACAACUGGAUUGCCAACGACGUGAUCCUUGACUCUGCGCCAGAAACACGCGAAGUAGAGGUAUUUGAGCUGCAGAGGAUGUCAGAAGCAGGCGAAUGGGAGCCCUGGCUCUUCACGCCGUCUCCCUACGACCCGCUGUCACAAGCUCGUAUCACAGGCGAUCGCCCAAGGGGCGCUAGGUUCUUUGAAGAUGUUCUGGCGCCGGAGGGUUGGGAAUGGAGCGAGAAGAAAUGGGCUUUGGACCUAUGGAGCCGCGAAUGGGUUGAAGAACGCAUCAUCACGGGCGUGGAGGUCGAAACGGAGGGGGAACGGUGGGUGUACGACAUGUACGAUGAGCGAGAAGAACAGGUGGGUGUUGUCGAAGCCCCCCAAAUGAGCAAACUGAAGGUGUUGCCGCAGACUAGCUGGCAAGAGGGCGAAGACGCUGUUGUUCGUCGUGGCGACUGGCGCAGGAGGAGAUGGGUGCGAUUAGUCAAGAGGCGCGCAACCUCAGCAUUCACUGCUUGA